AUGAUUGACCUUUCAUUGAAUCAGCUUAGCGGUCAGCUUGUUGAAUUUCCAAAUGCACUUUCCCCAGUGUUGCAUACCGUUGAUUUGGGUAGCAAUGGUCUACAGGGUCCUAUUCCCAUGUCAAUCUUCAAACUCACAAGACUUAAACAUCUGUCACUCUCUUUCAACAACUUCAUUGGUACCAUACAACUACUUGAUAUUUUCCAAAAUCUUCCCUCUCUUGAUUCUCUUGACCUUUCCUACAACAAUCUAUCAGUCAAUGCAAGUAAUGGUAAUUCUAAUUUCUCUUCUCUUCCCAAUUCCCUUGACGACUUAAGACUUGCUUCUUGCAAACUUGGAAUAUUUCCUGACAUAAUUAAGAAUCAGCAAGAGAUAUUCUCAUAUUUGGACCUAUCAAACAACCAAAUUCAUGGGGAGAUACCUAAUUGGAUUUGGAAAGUUAUGGACGGUGAUGGCGUACUGAAUCUUUCACGUAAUCACCUGGUAGGCAUGCAAGAACCUUAUUCUUUUUCCUAUAUUCAUACCCUUGAUCUUAGUUUUAACCAGCUCCACGGGAAGAUCCCUGUCCCCAUUGUAUCAGUCUAUCCCCCUUACAUAGAUUUGUCUAGCAAUUAUUUUACAUCUUCCAUUCCAUCUAACAUCGGUGAUGCGCUUUAUGAUACUCAUUAUUUCUCCAUCUCAAACAAUGGCCUUACAGGAGUUAUACCUGAAUCGCUAUGCAGAUAUGGUUACAUAGAACUUAUUGAUUUGUCGAACAACAGUUUGAAUGGCAGAAUACCAAGCUGUAUGUUUUCAAAGAGUCGUACUCGUGGUCUCAAUCUUCGAAGUAACAGCUUCAGCGGUCCAAUCCCUGAUACAUUUCCUGCCAUUUGUUUAUUAGAGACCCUAGAUCUUAAUGGGAAUUUUCUGACCGGUACCAUUCCAAAAUCUCUGGCCAAUUGUAGAGCUUUGGAGGUUUUAAACCUCGGAAACAAUGAAAUAUUUGACACCUUUCCAUUGUUUCUGAAAAAUAUACUCACCUUGCGUGUCCUUGUUUUGCGCUCAAACAACUUUUAUGGGCGCAUUGCAUGUGGAGACAACACUGGUAAUUGGCCAGUUAUUCAAAUUGUAAAUGUUGCUUCGAACAAUUUUAGUGGUGUGUUACCAAGCAAAUGCUUAACAAAAUGGCAUGCAAUGAUGGGCAUCAAAGAUGAAGUGCACUCACCAGAAAUAUACAACAGUUCUGAGAUUGGUUUCUCAAGUCCAAGCUAUUAUUACUUUAAGUAUGAAGAUGGAGUGACAGUUACCAACAAACGUCUAGAAAUGGAGUUCAAAAAGAUACCCAGAGCAUUCACUUACAUUGAUUUUUCAAGCAACAAUUUCCAUGGCGGAAUACCAAAAGAACUGGGUCAACUCAGUUAUCUCAUAGUUCUCAACUUGUCCAAUAAUGCUCUCAGCGAUCAUAUCCCAUCAUCUUUUGGAGAAAUGCAGCAACUCGAGUCUUUAGACCUCUCAAGGAAUCGUCUGAAUGGAGAAAUCCCCACGUCACUUUCAAACUUAAAUUUCCUUGCUGUCUUGGAUCUAUCACAUAAUCAUCUAGUUGGGAGGAUUCCCAUGGGUACUCAAAUUCAGACAUUUUCAGGUGAUUGUUUCCAAGGUAAUGAAGGAUUAUGCGGCCCUCCUUUGACACUAAACUGCCCGGGUGAUGUGACUGAUAUGCCACCAGAACCAGCACAUGAAGCCAGACAUUCAAAUUAUGGAAGUGGAAUUAAAUGGAAUCUCAUAUCUGCAGAAGUUGGAUUUAUUGCUGGGUUUGGAGGUGUGAUUGGACCACUUGUGUUUUCCAAAAGAUGGAGGAAAUAUUAUUACGAUGGGAUUGAGGACGUUGCAUUUAGUAUCUUACCUCGGCUAGUUCUGGAAAAAUGGUUGUCAUGGAAGUUCGGAGUUCGAAAAUAA